AUGGUCCGCCUCCCGCGCGAGUCGCUCCUCUUCUCAUCGCCAAACCACCUCUGUCUGGUCGAUGUCGCCCAUCCAAAGCCUUCAGCGCCCGUCGUGAGCCUCAAGCCGUCCUCUUCGACGCCUCCUCCAGCGCAAUGCUUGUCCGUCGUUCCUCCUGACCCCUCGCGUGGUAGCCAAGGAUUGGCAGCAUGGGUCGACGGUCCGAAGCGCAAUAUCAUCUACGUCUCGCCUCUUUCCACGCCGACCUCCUCAUCAUCGUCAAGUAAACAGGCCUCGCCAACUGCAACACGCUGGCAUCCCCCGCAACCGGUCUCCUCACUCUUGCUCAGCCCGGACGGACGCCUCCUCCUGGUAGGAUGCGACGAUGGGCGUGCCUACCUUUGGGAGGUGAGCAGCGGUCUGCUUAGAGCGACGUGGGAGCCACACUUUCGUGCUGUGUCAGCGAUAGCAUGGAGUGCUGAUGGCGGGAUGGUGGCUACGGGGAGUGAGGAUGGCAGAGUGUGUGUUUGGAGUAUUGUAGGUCUCUACCAUCCCUCUGGUCCCCAUCCGCAACCCUACGCAACUCUCUCCUCCCACCUGCUCCCAAUCACAGCCCUCUCCUUCUCCCCGGCAACAUGCAAUUCCACCCCUUCGCGCGCCCAACUUUGGUCGGCAAGCAAGGACGGGACAGUCAAGCUGUGGGAUAUGCGCAGCAGAUCGCUGCUGGCGGAUGUGGUUGAUCCGGCAGGUAUUGCAGCAGGAAGCGCGAAGGGUGGGGCAUCUCCUGCGGUAGACGCUCUGGCAGUUGAUCAGACGGGACGCUUUGCCUUCGUAGCGGCUGGUGGGCAAGUGAGUCGCAUAGACGUCUACAAGAAGAUCUCGGAGCCUUCCUUCGCAGCAGCAACAGCAGCAUACGAGACUUUCGACCCCUCCUCCUCCUCUUCUGCAACCGCCUCGUCAUCGCGAAGUAUCUCCCUCCCCACCAGCUCCGGUCGUCCAACGUCUCUCUGCGUCUUGCCCUCCUCUUGCACACUGGCAGUAGGAACUGCGCAGCCUUCCGCCUUGCUAUUCGUGGAUAUCGCCUCCCGCCAGGUAUUGCGGAGUGUUUCCCUCGCCGGGGAGGGGGCGACGGCAACCUCAGCAGCAGCAACGGGCGCUGUAGGAGUGACAAACGUGGCGGGGAUGUACAGGCCCAACGAGGACGAGAGGGGCGAGGGAUUCGUGGCGAACAAGGCAGCAGCAGCCCCGAGGAUCAUUGCAGCCAAAUUGGAUCGCGUCGUACGCUCGGCGGGCGGGGUUGGCGCUCAUGGCGUCGAGGAGGGAGAGGAGGAAGACGAUGAAGAGUACUGGGCUAUCCUCCCUGACAGGUGGGACGCUCACAUGGCUGAGGUCGCGCCCUCUGCGUAUCCCGCCACCGCUGGAGCAGCAGCAGCAGCCUCCUCGGUACCUCAGACGAACGGAGCCGCGGCUUCGACUAGUGAUACGGAGCUUCAGUCGCGUCUCAAAGCCUCAGAAACCCGUACGGCGCAAUUGGAAGCGCAGGUCAGGCGAGCGGCCAAGUUGAAUGACGAUUUGUGGGGAAUGUUGGUCAAGGGAGGACAUGUGAAGCAAGGCGAGCAAGCUGGCGCUGCGGCUGUGGCAGGGACUGAGAAGGGAAAGGGGGAUGAAGAUGAUGAGGAAUCGGAGGUGGAAGAGGAGAAGGAAAAGGGCAAGACGACACGCGCCUCACGGUCCAAGGCAACCGCGGGUAAGGGGAAGCAAAAGCGGAAGCGCCACUGA